UCCAUGUUAAGCAACAUCGACACAUUGUAAGAAAACAUUAUAGGAAUUUUCCCAUGUUCAAACAAAUCAAGAUUCAAGAGCCCUUUUAUCUGUUUCCUCUUGAAAGGCGAAGGAUAAAUAUUGCCACUAUAUGUCUUUGAAUAUCAAUAAAAUCUCCUCAUUAUUUGAUUUGCUUUCGUUUGGACAAAACACAUUGUGUGUUUAAUCUAGCAAUUCAAUGUCGUAUGCUUACCUCUUCAAGUACAUUAUCAUCGGUGAUACCGGUGUUGGAAAAUCAUGCCUGCUUCUGCAGUUCACGGACAAGCGCUUCCAGCCAGUGCACGACUUGACUAUUGGUGUCGAAUUUGGAGCUAGAAUGAUUACCAUUGAGAGCAAACCGAUCAAGCUACAAAUUUGGGAUACGGCUGGUCAAGAAUCGUUUAGGUCGAUUACGAGGUCUUACUACAGAGGUGCUGCUGGAGCCCUGCUAGUCUACGACAUCACAAGGAGGGAAACUUUCAACCACCUUGCCAGCUGGUUGGAGGAUGCAAGGCAACACGCGAGCAUGAACAUGACGAUAAUGUUGAUAGGAAACAAGUGUGAUCUAGCUCACAGAAGGGCCGUUAGCACUGAAGAAGGUGAGCAGUUUGCAAAGGAGAAUGGCUUGGUAUUCAUGGAGGCAUCUGCUAAAACAGCUCAGAAUGUCGAAGAGGCCUUUGUGCAGACUGCAUCAACAAUCUAUAAGAAGAUUCAGGAUGGCGUUUUUGAUGCGGCGAAUGAGUCGAAUGGGAUCAAAAUCGGAUAUGGAGGAAACCAAGGAACUUCAGCUGGAAGAGAUGGAGGUGCUUCUCAAGCUGGAGUUUGCUGCGGUUGAAACUUUGUGGAGAAAGUAUGAAAAUGACGAGUGUUAAUCUUUAUUUUCUUAUGUUUCAAAUAGGUCUCACAUAUAUUAUCAACAAUGUACUUACUACAAUGUUGAUCCACAUUCUAAAGUUGGUUGAUGUGAAAACAAAGGACAUUCCUCAUCAAACUUUUAUGUAUAUGUUUUUUUUAUG